UUUGAAAAACGGCUGAUACGUCAAGUACGUAAGCAUAGGAUACUCUAUGACAAUAACCAUAAAUCAUUUUCCAAUUUGGAGAAAAAGAAUGCAGUUUGGCAAGAAAUUGCCAAAAAAUUAAAAACAGAUGUGGAUACUUGUAAAACUACGUGGAUUGAGCUACGUUACAAUUAUCAAAGUUAUGUUCGACGCCUGCGCAAAUACUUUAUCAAUGGCAUUAAAAAGUCGUCGGCAACUCGUCCCACUAUGGAGUUCGAUAGUGAUUUGAUUUAUUUAUUUCGUUUUAUUGAAAAUCGUAAACACUGUGAAAUACCUUAUGAUAUCCCGGAACCAGUUCGUGAACCAGAAUUACAUCAAACAAAAAUUGAUGAUGAUUUGAUAUUGAUUGAACAACCGGUGGAGUUGAUUGUCAUCGAUGAAGACGAUGAUGCCAAACAGACUGAAAAGCCAUUUAAGGUUACCAAAGAAAUGCGUAACCUUAUUGCAGAGAUUAAAAAAUAUCCUGAACUAUAUGAUACGACGCGUAGUGAUUUCAAUGAUUAUACUAGGAAAAGUUUAAUAUGGAAUGCCAUUGCAGUACAAGUUAAAGAUAAAGCCACCAAAUUAAUGAAGUGCUGGAUAUUGAUGACAACCCGUUAUGAAUGGGAAAUUUCCAAGACAACACAAGGUAGUGAUGUGGCCAAAUGUCAAACAGAAUUACAAAAGGAAAUGGAAUUUUUUGAGCCAUAUAUUUUAACCAACCCCGAAACAGUUUACAAACAUUCAUAUUAUUUAAAGAAAUGCUGGUGUGAACCCAUGGAUUAUUUCAAAGAAAUCUAUAAUUUCAUAUUGCGUUUAAAGAAAAUACCCGAUGUUGUCUAUUUAACUGAUACUCUGUUGAAGAAUUCGGAAAAGACAAAGCAAUUUUUUACCUUGUGGGGUGAUGUGGCCAAAAUGAAAGGCAACUCCCCCGGUGAAUGUGAAACCACUUGGCUAAUAAUGCGUUUAUUCUAUUGGGAAUUGAUGAAUAUGCGCCAGCACAGCUACCAACUGACGGAUAAAUGGUAUUUUGAAGUUAUCAUCACCGAACUUUAUGAAAUGGCCAAGCAGUCACCAUUGGCCAAACAAGCAGAACAACAAAGACGCCACGAAGCUCACAAACAAAAAUCUAAGCAAAAAACCAACUCCGCAAACACAACUACACAUAUCAGCGCCACUCCAGCCACAACUCAUGCUGCACAAAAUGAUUCCGCACCAUUGCCAAGAAUAACAUCGGCCAUAAGUUUGGCACCACAAAUACUCAAUGGUGUUAAUUCGUCUUUACAAAUUCGUCCAAUUGGAACACAAAUUGUUGCGAAUACGGUGCCAACACCAAAACCUCCACCAACAACAGUAUUAAAUGGAUCUUUGGUUCCAGGACAUAGCAUACAAUUGACAUAUACUUUACCAGAGAAUACACAUGUCUCAGCAGUUAGUAAGAACUCUUUGGUCAACUCUACUUCCAAUAUUUCUUCGAAUGCCAAACCGAAUAUUAGGACAGCAAUGCAGCAAGCUGCUGCUGCGACGGCCACCAAUCAAAUUAGUAGCUCCACCAGUCAGAAUGAUGUGGCUCCCAUGGUUUCCAUAAAUACAACAAUAAAAUCCACUAAUGUGGGCAUUAACAAUAAUAAUUAUAAGAACAACAACAAUAAAUCAACCGCGCCGACACAACAAAUUGCCACAACCACAAUUCCAACUGCCAUAACAACAUCGCAAGCUCCUCCCGUAGCAGCAUCUGCUGCAGGACCAUUACCAAAAAUUAGCAAUGCCGUAUCCUUACUCAACCCAAAUGAAAUUCUAAUUGAAUUGAUAGCAUCACCGAAUGGUAACCUCUUGGUCGUACAUGGACCACCACUAAGUGAGAAAUAUCAUUUGACAAUGCCAACUGUUGCCAAAUUUAUACGUGAAGUCAUGUCUAUACCACUGCUGCACAACACAAAACCGCACAAUCAAGGGCAUUUGGUUAAUACCUAUUGGGAGUAUAUUUCGAAAAUAUUCAGUUUACCAACCCACAUUUGCAAAGCUUGUUGGAAUUUCUUACUGGAAAAUUUCAAUCAUUUUCCACAAAUUGCUCCAAUGAAGGAACUAAUGAAACCCUUUACUGCUUCAAUUCACAUUUGGACGGAGUCGACUGCACUAUUUGAUUCAUUUGAUAAGCAAGCUGUUGCCAAUGGCUGGUUGGAAUACAAUUCACGUCUACCCGAGAUUGUCGAGUGUAUUGGAACAUAUCCUGUCCUUUAUAAGGAUGUGACAAAGGAUGCCAAAGACUCAACGUCAGCUACCGAUAUGGAAGCUCUUUGUGUUUUUCGUACACUAAAUUUACGAUUUCCGAAUAUAAAUGACAUUAGCAGCAUUUGGACAGCUUUGAAGAAGGUAUUUUGUCAGUAUAUGGAUGAUAUCGAAGUUAGCAUUCAUAGCAAAUGGCAUAUUAAUUGGUGGCGUGUUUUGGCCCGUAUGAAAUUUCUCGUUGAGGCUCGAUAUUCGACAAAUGAACCCUAUUAUUAUAUUGUUAGUAAUAAAAUGUUGGAGGAGAUUGAUCGUUGUGCUAUGAUUGAAAUGAAAGUUCGUUACGGCAAGAAAGAAAUUAUUAAAACGGAACCCAAACCUUCCACAUCAAAAAGUAUCUUGGAAACAUUAAACGUGAACGAUGUUCCUAAGAAACGUGUGGAAAUGGUGACAUUAUUGACAGCCAUAGAAAAAUAUCCCAUAAUUUAUGGAAAAGGUGACUGUUUGCAGAAAUUGGAGGCGUGGGAAAAUGUUGCCAAGGACUUACAAAUGGAUGUUACCGACUGUCUAUUGUGCUUCCGACGAGCCGCACAAAACUAUUGUGUCUUUAAGAAACAGGAUACCCUAAGUCGCUGCCCAUUGAAUCUAAAAUAUUACAAACGUUUCGAGAAUAUCUUUCGUAAUGUUAAACUGCCGAAUCGUCGUAAACUCAACAUCAAAACACCAUCCGAACUAAAUCAAAGUGUAAAUGAUCAAAGAACAAAUAAUUCAUCGGAAUUUGUGUUUCCCGAACGUUAUAUAAGUGAUAUAAAUAUGUCGAGUUGUGAUAGUGAUUUAGUUGUUAAAAAUUGGAUUUAUGGUUUUGGAAAUCUAUCACCGUCAGCAGCCGAGGAAAGCUGUUCGAAAUUGGAAAAUAUUUUAAAAAAAUAUAUUCCAAAUUUGUCAACAAAUGCGAAAUAA